AGUUUACAAACCUUGUUUCAUUUUUCGUAUAGUAUAUAAUACUCAUGAUCGUUUCGUUUUUCGUAACGUUCUUGUUCUUCCCUUCUCUGAAUUCCACCUUCACCUUCUUCUUCUCCCUGAUUCCGAAUCCCUAACUAUAUUCUCCCCCAAAACCCUUCAAUUUUCAUAUAACUACCCAUAAAAUUAACAAAAAAAACAAACCUUUCUUCUAUUUUCUUUAUGGGAAGAACUGGAUUAUUUGAUCUUGAAAAGCAUUUCGCUUUCUAUGGAGCUUAUCACAGUAAUCCGAUUAAUAUAGCGAUUCAUGUGUUAUUCGUUUGGCCAAUUUUGUUCUCAGCCCUUGUUUUUCUCUACUUUGCUCCUCCCUUUUUUAAUCUGCCGAAUUUUGAGUUUUUACUAUUUGGGAACAGAUUCGUGUUGGUUUGGAAUUUAGGGUUCUUGUUUACUUUAGUGUACUCGGUUUUUUAUGCUAGUUUGGAUCUGAAAGCUGGUUCUUUGGCUGCUUUGCUUUGUGUUGUUUGUUGGGUUGGUGGCAGUUAUGUUGGUUAUCAACUUGGAUGGUCUCUAGCUUGGAAGGUUGUUCUGGUGGUUCAGCUGGUAUGUUGGAUAGGACAGUUCAUUGGUCAUGGGGUAUUUGAGAAACGGGCACCUGCUCUUUUGGAUAACCUCACUCAGGCUUUAGUAAUGGCUCCUUUCUUUGUAUUGCUCGAGAUUCUGCAGACUGUAUUUGGUUAUGAACCAUAUCCAGGAUUUCAUUCAACUGUGCAAGCAAAAAUUGAAGCUAAUAUUGAGGAAUGGCAAGAAAGUAAGCAGAGACUAAUUUCAUAGGUUCUGCUUGGUUUGAUGUUAAACGAUUUUUACACCAACAAAAAAGAAGAAUAAAAAGCUACAGAUCUUGUAUAUAUAUUAAAAUGGCAUUAGAUGCUUUUCUAGAUAAUUUCUCCGGUCUCUUCAUAUAAAUUAUAAGAGUUAUAUUCUUUA